ACUUGGCUUCCAAUUGGAACGCUAACCCUGUACAACUUCCUCACUUUCUGGGUACAGACUUGUAAAUAAGACAGGUAGAAAAGGCGAUGUUUUUGGAAAUAAACUUGUGUUUCGCGGUUAAACUGGAGUAAACACGACACCAUGAGCUGGAUUCCAUUUAAGAUCGGGCAACCGAAGAAACAGAUCGUUUCGAAGACGGUUGAAAGAGACUUCGAGCGGGAAUAUGAGAAGCUCCAGAAGUUGGAAGACCAAACGAAGAAGCUGCAUAAGGACAUGAAGAAAAGCACAGAGGCUGAUAUAGCGAUGUCUAAAGCGGCCGUGAAGAUCGCUGGGGACUUGCUGAGUAACCCGCUGUGCGAGCUGGACCAAGCCUUCCUGGAGUCUAUGAUGGCUCUGGAUACAGCCAUGAAACGAAUGGAGGCAUUCAACCAAGAGAAGGUCAAUCAGAUUCAGAAGACCGUGAUCGAUCCUCUAAAAAAGUACAGCAGUGUGUUCCCUAGUCUCAACAUGGCAGUGAAGCGGCGAGAGCAGGCCUUGCAGGAUUAUAAGAGACUGCAGGCUAAAGUGGAGAAAUAUGAGGAGAAGGAGAAGACUGGACCCAUCAUGGUCAAACUUCAUCAGGCAAGGGAAGAGUUGAGGCCGGUCAGGGAAGAUUUCGAAGCCAAGAAUAAGCAACUGUUGGAAGAGAUGCCCAAAUUUUACAACAGUCGAAUCGACUACUUUCAGCCGAGCUUCGAGGCGCUUAUCCGAGCCCAGGUGGUGUACUUCACGGAGAUGCACAAGAUCUUUAGCGACCUGACGGAUCAGAUCGAUCAAGUCGGCCUGACGGACCAAGAGCGAGAACAGCAGAACGAGGUUAAGCUCAACGAACUGCGCGCUCUGUCUAUCGUAGCAGAUGACUGAAGAAAAAGCAGUGGAAGAACCUGACCGAAGACUCGCAUUCAGUUCCGUUUAAACAGCGUGUCACGUGGAAGUCGCUGAAAAGGCAUGAGCUGCAAUCUUUUGUUUCUGCAAUAAGGUGAAUAUUGUUGGAUAAAAACAAAGCUGUUUUACCUCAUCUAAAGAGUGUGAGAUUAUGAUGACAUUGUUUUCAUGCUCAAAAGUGUUAUGAAGCCUUUGUAGGUUAUUUGGCAUCGUCAGUUUCAUUCUUGCAGUCAGGUACGACGGGGGGCAAGCAGGUAAGCAUUUUAUACUCCUGUCUAUGUAUGCUUGGUGCUAAGAUCAGACUAAAGAGCAUCUCUAACUCGAUCGGGAGAAAGGAUCUGGCAACGCAGGCUCAGAAUAUACACUAUACACACUAAACAUUUUACAUAAACACCAAUCAGCCAUAACAUUAAAACCACUGACGGGUGAAGAGAAUAAAAUCUCUCGUUACAGGGGCACAUGUCAAACGGUGGGAUAUAUUAGGCAGCAAGUGUAUAUUAGUAUAUAUUAGUCAGUUCGCAAGGUUGAUGUGAUGGAAGGAGGAAAAAUGGGUAAGCGUACGGAUCUGAGCGACUCUGACAAGGGCCAAAUUGUCGACCGGGUCAGAACUUCUCCAAAACGGCAGGUCUUGUGAGGUGUUCCUGGUAUGCACUGGUUAGUACCCAUCUAUAAAGUGCUCCAAGGAAGGAGAACCGGUGAACUUUCGACAGGGUCAUGGGCGCCCAAGGAUCAUUGAUGCGUUGUGGGAGCGAAGGCUACCCGUCUGGUCCGAUCCCACAGAAGAUCUACUGUAGCACAAACCGCUGAAAAGGUUAUCGCUUGUUAUGACAGAAAGAUGUCAGAACGCACAGUGCAUCACAGCUUGUUGCGUAACCACAGUCUAGUAAAUCUAAAUAUGAAAAAAGUGACGUAUUUGAAGCAUUUCAUCCCCAACACAAAACAUUUUCAUGAAAACAUAACACCGGACAUGAUGUAAGGAAUAAAACACUUUGUGCUGUUGUAAGAAAAGUAAUCAAUGAUGAGUUGGUAUGAUGCGCCGCAACAUGAUUCAGAGUUACUGUUCCAACCCCACAGCACGUCUACACCUCCUGGCAAAGAAUGAUGGAAUCACCUUGUAAUUUGCAUUUCGAAAACAAACACCAGCACAAGUCUAAAAAUGCAAAUGAGUCUGCAGUUAAAAGAGAGUGCUUACACACCGUAACCUUGGAUUUUUUUAAAUAUUUUUUUAAAGGAAGCAUGUCGCCUACAACAGAGUUGUCAAUUGAAAAAAUGGAAAGGAUUACAAAACUCCUUCAAGAAGGUAGAAGCCGAAGUGUUCAGCUGUCAUAUCUGUGCUUUGGUGUAUUUGCUACGAAGUAAAAAAAUAAAAAAAUAAAUCCAGGUGUGGUGAUUCCAUCAUUUUUAUUCUUUUUAUACUGCAGCAAUUCUAAAUUUAUCCAUUUGUAGUAGCAUUUCAUAUAGUGGAGCCUCACUGAAACAAGUUCCUGUUAUCACUUACAUUACAGCAGCUAUAAAUCGUCACUCCCUCACAAGUCUCUCUCUCUAAGGCAAAAAACACAGCUUUAAGCAUAAAGUCCUAGUGUCCUGAAGACAUGCAAAAAUACCCUUACCUCUGACUGUUACAAAGCACUGACACUGGAGACUCCUUCCUUAAAUGUUACAUAAAUGUCUCCUCACAAACACUCCCCAUAUUCAGUUAUACACUUUUUUUUUUUUUUAAAUCAACUCAUGUGGAGCUUCCACUGCACAAAUCUCAGUGUAAGUUAUUACUAUAUAAUUAAAAUGAUCGUAUUAAUACUGUAUAAAAUCCUGUGCUUUGAUGAUCUAGAAAAUGAAUCAACACCUUCUGACCAAUCAGAAUCCAGAUGUAUGUAUGAACCCUCGUUAUCCCAGAAAGUCAGCGGCUAUCUUGACUAGAAUGCAUCAUCUUUAUUCAUCUGCUUGGUAAGGGACGACAAAUAUAAAACACAGCACAUCUCUACCGUAGGUGGAAUUAGUGGAAUAUUUCAUAAUCUGCAGGUUUCAUUCUCAAUAUGUACAGCUCA